CGCCUUCAACAGGGCUCGCGUCAGUUUAAAUUCUAAGAUGGCGGCGGCCAGCGGACGGUCGGGGAUGCGAUGGAGUUGAAAAAAAAUCAGUGUUGCACUGUGUGAAUUAAUGUGAGUUGGUUUCGGGCUAGUUUGAGCGCCUCGUCAUGAAUAUCCAUCAAUCUGGAAGUCGGCUUGUUAGGAUUUUGAGACUGUGCACCCGAGGAUCCACUGCAACUGGUUACAGAAAUUGCAGAACUUUGAUCCAAAAACAUGGAUUUGAGACAUUAAGGAAACAAAAUGGCUUAUCUUGCCAUCUGAGAAAUUGUAUGGGCUUAACUUUAAUCCGCUUCCAGUAUUCUGAAAGGAUACAUCAAAUUCCCAGUGAAGCAGAAGAUGUAAAUAACUGUGACAGAGACACCAAAGAUUCUAGUGUUUUAUCUGAUCCUUCCAUUGGCAGUUCAGCAAAAGGAACAUCAUCUCAAUACAGUGGACCAACCUCUGAGGGUUCUUCCACAGAGUUGGAAAGACCAACUGAGAUGAGGACAUCUUGGGAACAAUUCUGUAAUGAGCUUCGACAAUGCACCUCUCCCAGUGAUGUGUUAGACUUGUAUGAACACUCCAAAAUGGCGUGGAAAUAUACCAGCAAUGCCCUGACAACCAUGUGGGAAACGAUAAAGAGAAUGUCAGAUGAUCAGAGACGUUACGAACAGAAGUUGAUGUUCGAGCAUCCACUCUUUGAGAAGAUAUGCCAGAAGGCCUUGAAGGAAGCUCAGCUAAUGAGCUGUAAUGACUUGGUGUAUAGCCUCUUCGCUUUGGUAAAAAUGGGGGUGAACCAGCAGAGUCGUCUGAUCCAGACACUGCUCAGAGUCUCCCAGGAGCGCUUGAACAACUUUGAUGAGAGGGCUCUCUCGGUACUGUCCAGCUGCUUGAGUAACAUGGAAGAGAGCAAGAACGUAAUUUCACUGCGGGCAGGUUUAAGACUACUUAUAGAACUGCGUAUUUCACAAAUUAAGACGGUGGUGGCCCUGCAGACUAUAAUGAGAUGUAUUGGUAAAGAAUCCUCAAUGCCUCUAAAGAAGAAACUGGAGGACAAAGCGCUGUCAUUGCUGAAUCGGUUCACCCUUCCAAACUUACAGUACAUGUUCAUCACGUUGGCAGUCAUGGGUUACCGCUCAUACCCACUCUUGGAUUCGUGCAGUAGCAGAAUCAUUGAGAAUAUCCAUGGCAUUCCAUUUUGGAGACUUGUGCACAUUUUACAGUCGUGCAAGGACCUCAAGUAUCGGAAUCCUGCUCUUCUUACUGCUGCUGGCAACCAUGUAGCUUCCAUGCUGUGUGUCUGGGAGGUUAAACAGCUCGCUCUCUUGCUGGUGCUAUUUGCCGAACUCGGUUUCCGUCACAUAGAGCUGUUGGAUGGCUUUGCAGAGAUGGUGAUGGCAAGACCUGAAUCCCUAAAUUCUAAGGAUGUGCUGUCGACUCUUCGUGCGUUCUCCUUGUUGAACCAUCGUCCAGGAGAGGAGCGAGUCAAGCAAUUUCUACAGACUCUGGUUGACCUGUUUCAGUCACACUUGUCAAGAUAUUCAUUACUUGAGCUUCUCCGGGGAGUUUAUUACCUUUGUUCUAUGGGCCACUAUCUUCCAGCAACUCUAAACCAGCUCUUCCAGGAUGACAUUCUGAAUGAUCUCCAGUGUCCAGACCAUCCCAACCGAGUGUCAAAUGAGCGAAUGCUUCAGUACAUCAAGCUGGGCGUGGAGUUAGACAAUCCUUCUUUUGCCGUGUUGGAGAGUGCUACGAUCGCCGAUCCCUUGCUGCCCAGUGUUGCAGUGAACACGGCCGUGAAGGAGAUGGUAGAAGCCAUCUUGGGUGACAGCAGUCUAUAUCGCUGUGGGUCGGUGUUGAGAAACAUUCAUUUCAUAGAUUUUGAAAUUGCUUUGGACCAGGAGAGAAAAAUUGCAGUACCUUUUCCUCAGGACGAUGAGAUUGCCCAUUUAACCAACAUUCAGAGGGUGGCUGUGAUUUGUGCACCAGCAUCUGCUUUUUGUCUUGGGUCAGUGCACCCUAAAGACAGGUUGGCACUGAAGGUUCGGCAUCUCAAGACACUGGGCUAUCAAGUAGCAUUGGUCGCGGAACAUGAAUUUGGCAGGCUGUCAGAAGAUGAAAGAGUUGUGUUUUUAAAGAAUGCAAUCUUCGGAGAAUGAAGAGCCUUUGAGAAGUCAUUGAACAUUGCAUUGAGUGCCCGUGGUGAGCAAGAUGCAGUCAACAGCUUCAGUAAAUCUCUGAUACCAUUUGCACUCUUCAAGAAAUGGAAUCUCAAAAUUGAAUUAAUGCUGUGUUUAUCCGUAGCCAAUUCACAGUAAGAUCAGAAUGAAUCAAUAUGAGAUGAACACAAACAACUGCUCUAAUGGUGUUGAUCAAGAUAUCAUGGCAAGAGAUAAGCUUGAUGUGGCAGCUUCUGCAUUAAGUUCUUUCUUUGUAUACAGGGAUGGUCUCCCAGAAUCAACUAGAAUAACUGUGAGCAUGAAUUGUGUUCAGCUGACAAUUUGAACUCUUGUUUUCUCUUGGGUGACAACCAAAACCUACAUUUUUAUGCUGCAACGGUGAUACCAAUAGGAACUACCCUUCUAAAGAGGCAAAACACCUUGUGGGCUGAAAAUAAGGAAGUUAAACAUGAAACACGGGAAGUAAUCGGUAGUUCAGGCAACAUUUGUGUGGAACGGUUUACUCUGUUUCCUUCUCCACAGAUGCUGCAUAACUAGCUGAGUACUUCCUCAUUUUACUCUUACCACCCUUCCAUCUCAGGUCAGUGUUGGAGUGCUACUGCUGUGAUUCAUUCAUAUGUAUGAAUAAUGUGGAUCAGGUGCACUACUUCCACACAUGUGAAAAAGCCAACUGUUACUAAAAAAUGAUGUUUCCUUCAUGAGUAAAAUUACUUUGAUUUCUAUAAAGCAGAUUGUUUACCACCUCACCUCACUCACCUGCAGCUCCAUGCCCAUCACAGUGAUGUCAGGAUUUUUUUUUAAUGCUUUUCAUGUCUUCAAACUCUUCAAACCCAUUUGACCACUAAAUAAGUGUUUACAAAUAGUAGAUAUUGCUGUGACAUAGUAAAGGCAGUAUUCAGUCAGGAAUGUGAUAACGUAAUUUGAGUGAUUGUGCUUAGAACCUAGAAAAGUACGUGCAUGAACAGGCCCUGUGGCAGGCAAUGUCUGUGGCGAACAUGAUGCCAGCACCAACUGUUAUCUGCCUGCACAUAAUCCAUAUCCCUCCAUUCCCUGCAUAAUCGUACAUACAUCCAAGAGACUUAAAUGCCUCUAUCUUAUCUACCACCACACCCGGCGGCGAGUUUCACACACUCACCACUUUCUGUGUAAAAACACUUGCCCUGCACAUCUCCUUUAAAUUUUCCCCCGCUCAACUUUAAACUGUCCUCUAGUAUUUGAUAUUUUCAUCCUGAUGGAAAAAUAAGUUCUGAUUGUCUCCCUAAUUUGUGCCCCUCAUAAUUUUAUAUACUUAUAUCAGGUCCUCCUGCAAGCUCCGGUGUCACAGAGCAAACAAACCAAGUCUGUCCAAUGCAGUUAAUACCCCAUAAUCCAGACAUAAUUCUGGUAAACGUCUGCAUCCUCUCCAAAGCCUCCACAUUCUUCCUGCAAUGGGAAGACCAGAACUGCACGCAAUAUUCCAAAUGUGGCCUAACCAAAUUCUCAUAAUGCAAGCUGCAUCAUGACUUCCUGACUCUUGUACUCAUUGCCCUAACCUUUGAAAGCGAUGUGACUUAUUUUACACUUUUGCCAUUCAUUGUAUAUUUUCACUUUACAUUUGACCUGCCAAAAUGUAACACCUCACACUUGCUCUGAUUAAACUCCAUCUGCCAUUUCUCUGCCCAUUUCUAUAGCUGAUCUAUUCCUGCUGUAUACUGUGACAGGCUUCCUCAAAAUCCACAACCCCAGCAAUCUUGGUGUCAUCUGCAAACCUACGAAUGAACCUGCCUACAUUUACAUCCAAGUCAUUUAUGUAUAUCACAAACAGAAGUGGUCCCAGCACAUUUCCUUGCGGAACAGUGCUGCAGCAGUAGAAUUGCUGCCUUCCAGUGCCAGAGACUUGGGUUUGAUUCUGACUGCGGAUGCUGUCUGCACGGAGUUUGUACAUUUUCCCUCCCACAUUCCAAAGACAUGCGGGUUUUUAGAUUAAUUAGCUUCUGUAACUUGUCCCGAGUGUGUAGGAUUGAACUAGUGUACGGGUGAUCACUGGUUGGUGUCCAGCAUAUGUUUAAAGGAUAAACACAUGAUGGACUGAGGAGAAUACCCUUACUUUAAUUUCCAGGCCUUGUUCUGAGUUAUCUAUCAGUGUUAUUUAAAAGAUAGCUCAGCAUUCUCUCUGAUCGGCACUGAGGUUAUCAAACUAGAUUAUGUGCUCAAAUAUCAAGAGGAGAACAUGAACCCAUCACCUCUUGACUUAGAGUGGGAGGAAUUACCACUGAGCCACAGAUGUAUACAAUCUUAUAUAUUUUUCCAAUGUCGUGAUUGCAUUCAGUAACAGGAUGUUUAUAGAAGUCAUGUUUGGGAUUGUGCUUUGAAA